AUGGCUCCGAGACCACCACCUCCUCCUGGACCUCCACCGCCUCCUGGGCCUCCACCACCUCCUGGGCCUCCACCUCCACCAGUUUUCGGUAAUUCGAAAGGUGGUUCGUCUGACAAUCGCAACGCAUUAUUAAGCUCUAUACGGCAAGGAACAAAAUUAAAAAAGGCUGUAACAGUAGACAAAAGUGGACCAUAUAUACCAGGAAAAGUGUCAAAUGUGUCAAACAGUGGUUCUCCAGUAGGAAAUAGUGUGAAAAGUGCAGCUCCUGUGCCAAAUGGAGGUGGUCCAAUGCCUGGUUUGGGAGGUCUAUUUGCUGGAGGCAUGCCUAAAUUGAGGCCUACUGGAAAAUUGGCAGGUACCACACCUAAUGGGCAAAUAAGAUCAGAUGUGUCUCGCUUUCCUGCACAAGCACAAAGGUCACCAGAAAAAACUAGACCUUCCCCUCUAGGUGGAAAUACUGAGAUUUCUGAACAUGAACCGCCUCCAACGCGCCCUAUAGUUAGGAGGCAACCUAGUGAGGUUAAAGUGAGGGGUCCCCCUCCAGAACCUCCUGCGCAGAAGCCGAUGCCUUUGAGUUCAUCAGACUCUGUGCUUACGACAGGUUCUAUAUCGGAUCGAUUAAAAAAAAUACAUGAAACGUCGGAACAAACGCUGCCGUCUCAUGUCGCCUCUACAUUACACCGGAACAAGAGUACUCUGCAUUCCGGAAGCCAGACUUCUUUGGGAGGUUCAAUGACCUCGUUAUCAUCCGCGCCUCCCACACCAACGCCAGCGGCAUCCCUCUCUACGUCGGAUCUAUCGGAACGACCGCGAGUGAGCCACGGGAAGCCUAACCUGGCCCCGAAGCCCCCGGCACUGCCCCCGGCGCCGGAUAGGCCUUCGCCCCCGCCUAAGAAGCUCAUCACCAAUGGAAAAUUGGCAGCAAGAGCGCAAAGUAUGAGGAUGCCCAGAUCCCCGCCAGUAUCGCCGUCUUCGCCCGGCGGCGGAGCUCCCGGCUCUCGUCCGCCGCCGCUCACCGGCUCUGGAGCUACGAAGAAUCAAACUUCCCUAUUUGGCACGAUGCGCGCGCCGCGCGGGCUGCGCCCCCCCGGCGUGUGCCCGCCGCCGCCGCCCGGCGCGCCGCCGCCGCCGCCCGCGCGCGCCGCGCCGCACCACCGCCUGCACCACACAGCGAACGAGGACGCCAACGCGCCGCCGCCGCCCGUGCGCGGGUCGUCCAUGCGGUCGGAGCUGGAGGCGCGCUUCGCGGAGCUGUUCCACCCCCCGCACAGCUUCCCGCUGCCCGACCCCUUCCUGCGCAUCGCCAAGGCCUACAGCAGCUCCACCGUCGCCGUGAGCAAGGCGCAGGCGCCGGCGCCGCCGCUGCGCCUGCCGCUGGAGGGGUGGUCGGGCACGUCGUCGGCGUGC